GCCUAUUAAAUUCAUAUAUGCUUUUGCAAACUUCAUGAAUGAUAUUGUUAUGGCUGAUGUUGUCGUCUAUGAGAUUUUUAUCUGUUUGUUGUUAAUUGUACACAAUCAUAUAUUUAUGAAACAUACCGUUGUACUGACUACUGGUAUCCUUAUGAUACUGGUCUACUUCUUCAUUGUUAGAUGUGCGUGCUGGGUGCAGACUUCCAGGAGGGAAGACCUCCGCCAGAAAGAUGCAUUGUAUCUGAAUUCGAAUUGCGUGUUCUGCUCAGUACAUUUUGAGGCAAGAUAAGAUCAGAAGUUUAUUGUAUCCCCAGACAACUAUUUUGAUAUUUCCGAUUAUGAUACUAUUUUGAUACGUUCUCGUUAUCAUGUCAUGGUUAUCGACCCUUGCCUUGGGCCACAAUAUUCCAGAUAUUGUUUUCAUCUCUAAAACAACCACAUCAAAUCUAAAUCAGUGAUGUUUUGAAUAUUUCCCAGGAUUCACAGUUUAUGAAUGUGUCGAGCCGCAACAAACUGGUGUGGAAUGCGAUUCCUACAAUUUUUGACGUGCCAAACCCUCCACAAAGAAUCACCGCUAAGAGGAAACGUCCAGCGGCAAGAUGCAGUUCACCGAGCAAGAAGCCCAAGAUUGACAAAGAUGUUGUUCCUACACCUUCCAUCGAAUCUCUGCCCAAUGUAUCCGAGUCGCCAAGUUACCAGGAGAAGAUGAAGAACCUGAAGCGGCGAAAUAAAGCACUCCUGACGCAGAUACAUCGCUUGAAGCUGAAAGUGCAGAGCAUCAGGACAUUGAACCAGAAGGCUGCACCUCUAACAAAAAAUAGGCUGCAACAGCUUGAAAGCCUUCUGAAAGAAUACCUUAGUGAUAUACAACUCCACUUUGUUAUGUCCCAGAUCCGUGCAUCAAACCGGACUGUGAGGGGACGACGUUGGACCACCCAUGAUAAAGCAUUUGCACUGUCACUGUUGCACUCAAGCCCAAAAACGUAUCGAAUACUUAGAAAAGCGUUUGCAUUGCCUUCUGUCCAAACUCUAAUGAAAGUGAUGAACAACCUUGAACUUUAUCCAGGAUUCAACACUAACAUACUAGAAGCACUUCGUCUCAAAGUGCAGAAUCUUCCACCUGUGGCAAAGCUUGUGUGUAUAGCAAUGGAUGAAAUGUGUAUCAAGACAGCUCUGUCAUAUGAUCGCAAGAGAGAUAUCGUUGAAGGUUUGGUCGAACAAAAGCUUGCUAACCAUGCAAUCGCGUUCAUCGUUCGAGGCAUCAUCUACAGAUGGAAGCAGCCAUUUGGCUUUUUCUUCUCAGCUGGUACGAUGUCUGGUGAAGAGAUGAGAUGUCGACUGUUUGAGGCUUUAGAGCUUCUGGGCAACAUCGGUCUUACCGUAACAGCUGUGAUCAGUGACCAAGGCAGUAACAACAUCAACCUCUUUCAGACGAAACUGCAUGUAACUGUCGACAAACCAUUCUUUUUGCAUGAAGGACGCAAGAUCUUCGUCAUCUAUGAUCCUCCACACUUGAUCAAAAACAUCAGGAACAAUCUAAAAAAGCACGGAUUCACGGUUGAUGAAUACAGUAUCGAGUGGCAACACAUACGUGACUUUUACUAUAAAGAUGCUAGUAAGCCGACCAGAUUAGCUCCGAAGCUGACUGAGAAACAUUUAAACCUGCCACCAUUCAGUUCCCUUAGAGUGAAGCUUGCGUGCCAGGUUGUGAGCCAUUCUGUGGCAACUGGUAUGAAGGUUAUGUCACAGUGGGGCAUCAUCAACAAAGAGGCGAUACAUACAGCUGAAUUUUUAGAGUGCUUCGAUCAGCUAUUCAAUGCAUUCAACAGCAGCACAACAAUCAGUUCAUCUGUUAUGAAACAUGCCUUUACUGCAACAUCUGGGCACAAAGAGUUCCUCCUCAAGAAGUUGAAAUGGCUGCAGGGUAUAAAAAGCAAAGGUAAACAUGGCUCUUUGCAUGUGUUACUAUUAAAUAACCACGUUGAAGCUUAAAAUGUUCUGUAAUAAAUCAAUUUGUAUAUUUCAGGCUCUUAGAAUGCCGCUUGAUU